GGUAGAAGGAUAAAAAGGUACAAAGACACUUCAGAAAUGGGUGAGUUAUAAUUAAGAGAGUCAGAAGAAAGGCAGAGAAAGGGGAAGGAGAGCUAUAGGGAAGGGAAAGGAGCUCAGAGACUGAGUCAGCCUUAGGAAGGCAAACACCAGAAGACAAGUUCAGGGAGUACCCCAGUAUACCAAGAAGGACCUGUUCUGUCUGAAUCUUCACCAUGAGCACAAGGAAGGGCUGCCCUCUGCCACCGGGACAAGGAGACUGGGAGGAAAAGCAGAGUGAGGGUACUUCUGACCUGGAGCGACAAGAGUGUGAGGUGGAGCUGAGGAACAAAGCUAUUCUGCAGCAGAAGAGGCGCCUUAAACAAGCUACCCAGUUCGUGCACAAGGACUCUGCUGACCUGCUGCCCCUGGAUGGCUUGACGAGGCUUGGCACCUCCAAGGAUCUGCAGCCACAUAGUGUGGUCCAGCGGCGGCUCCUGGAAGGCAAUCUGAACAAGCUGCGGGGUGAGACCACGGUUCAGUCUGCAUGGGUUCAAUCUCCACUGGCAAAAGACCACGAAGAAAAGAUGGAAAAGAGGGAGGAUAAGAGAAAAAAGACUUCAUCCCUGCUAAUACAGUGCCAGUGCCAAGGUCAGGUAUUGAAGGCAACUGUUAACACUGGGUGUCUACCAAAUUUCAUCUCCAAGAGCUGCUUAAACCAGCUGGGGCUGGAAGAAGUGUCUGCCAUGGACUGUGGAGACCUCUCUCUACCCAUCCCCAGCGUUGUUGGCCGAGUAGAACAUAUGGAGUUGCAAUUUGGCCAGGAGACAGUGCUGUGUUCAGCACUGGUUGUAGAUGAUGAAAUGCUGGAGUUUUGCAUUGGUCUCCAGACUCUGUUGUCUCUCAAGUGUUGCAUCGACUUGGAGGAAGGAGUCCUGAGAUUUAAAGCACUGAGUCAAGAGCUGCCUUUUCUACAUGCUUCUGAAGAGCCUGGUCAGUGACUGGCUGCAUUCCCCAUGUACGGGGCUGAGGAGACUUGCUGCCCUCAGAGAGAGAUGAGGGUGAGGCUCAUAUGCCCCUGACCUUGCUAAGUUCUAGGCUGAGGCAUUCUAGGCUGGGGAGUAAGACAAAGGCAAAUGGGUGCUGGAAACUCUCGUUGCUGGGAGUGCCUCAUCUUGACAAAUAUCACUCCUUUCAGUGGACCCUCUUGUUUGACCUAUGUGCUGAGUGGCAUUUUGUUCUUGUUUUUCUACCUGUCCCUGUUCACUCAAAUUUCUGCUUCUGUACUAAAUUCACCCUACCCUUUUAAUGACUUGUUUUUACAAUACCCUCAAAUCAGGAGACAAGAGUCUCCACAAACAAUCUUCAAUAGCUCUGUGGACAGGAGGACAAGCAACUCGUCCAAGCCUCCAAAGAUCACCAUGAAUAUUUCCCUUCUCUUUGCCUCAGUGUGAGCAGAGUUCACCCCCAUUUCUUUGUGGGAAGGGCUCUGUGGCUAGUGUCCUCACCUGUGCUCUAGGGAAGCUGGAUUUUUUUACUUUUUGCUUGCUCAGAGCAAAACAGAAGUAUUUUCUCAGAAAAGCCUUGCAGCAAGAAAAAACUUUAGAGUUCUUAAUUCUAAGAAACCUUUGCAACAAUGCUGAGCAUAGAUGCCUAGAGUACAGGGGACACACACAGGGGCUUGGACUUUGCCACUGCUUCCUUGGCCACUAAGCUGUACUAUAUGAAUGGCAAUACUUAUCAUCUUUUGGUCUUAUAUGCAGUAACCACACUUGCACACCCUGAUCUUCUGACCAGGCCUCUUCUCUCUGCUUUCCAGCUGCUCUACCUUCCUAUCACUUCUGCUGUAUCAUCAGAGAUCCUGCCACUCAGUUUAAAUGCUAUAUUGAAUUACAGCAUCCAGAGUCUUCUGCUCUCUCAGAUCCUUUCUUUCAACUUGAAAUCUAGUGACUAGACACAGAUAUAUAUAAUAUAUGUAAGAUAUAAUCAGUCUCAAGUCCUGGCAUCCCACUGCCCAUCAAGUUUACUACUCCUGCAUGAAACAAGAACUAGACUUCCUUGCAGGUCAGGAUGACUGUGGUGGUUAAGUCCCUUAAUUGUUUUGUUUAAUUAUUUUUGUAUUUAUUUGCAUCCUAGAGCACAGCUGUAUGAUAAAUACAUAAUCUAGUCUUUACUAGCUCUAGGAAAGAUGCAGCAGAUCAGGGCUUAUUCCAUGUUUCAUGACUACUAUCCAAACUCUGUCCACUAUCCAAACUCUGCACAGUGUCCCUUUGUCCAUCCUCAGAAUAUCAUGACUCCCCAUUUUGCCUAUCUUCCUGGAUUAAACACCGCUGGCUCUCUGUUUUUUAUUCAACCACUCAUUGUUUCUGUUGCAUUUCUCAAAGAACUUGUGUAUGCAUUUCUGUUUAUUCUUUCCUAAAUCUGAUGCUCUAUGCUGUAGUUUAACACAUGCUAAGGACAGCAGAGUACAGCCUGGCUGAUAUGAUUUGGGAUGCAAUUGCUUGUCUUAGAUGGUAUGACUCGCUUCUGCUCCACCUACAAACAGCAUCAGGCUAGUGAUUUCUAUAGUUAGUCGUCAUAUCUUGCAGCUUCUGAUCUGUUCCUUGGCUUCUUUGCCACUCUUCUACUUGUGCAUCUGAUUAUUUCUGGCUGCAUGAACUGCUUUUCAUGAACCUCCUGAAUGACACCAACAUCUCCAUUUAUGUCAGAACACGACUACUCAAUAAGCCUGUCUUCCAAAGUACCAGUAAUUCCUCCUCUAUUUGUAUCACUUGCAUGUCUGACUGGCAUGUCAAACCUAACGGUCUUUCUUGACAGUUCAGACCUGUAAUAAAACUCUGUGUCAGCUGGAAUCUAUUUAUAAUUAAAAAUGGCAUGUGGAACAAUAGCAAGUAAAAUGCUAAAGCUGACACAUCCAUUACAGCUCUUAUUAUUCAUUAACUUUCAUGAUUAAAAAAAAACAGAAAAAACCUAAACCCUAAUCCUAAACAUUAAAGCUUACUCUACCUCUGAUCCAAACCCUAAACCUAACCUUGGCCCUAAAUCUAUCCUCUAAAGCUAACCUUAACUGUAAAUUUAAUCCUAAACCCAACCCUAACUGCUAAACCUAACCCUAAAUCUUAAAGUUAACCCUAACCUCUAGUCCUAAACACUAGCCCCUAACCAUAAAUUCUAACCCUAAACAUAACCCUCUAGAUCUAAUCCCCUAACCCCUAGCUCUAACCAUCUAAUAUUAACCCCAAAAGGUAAACCUAAUUCUAAACACAAUGCUAACUAUAAACACUAACCACAAACCUAACACUAAUUUCCAGCCAAACUUCUAACCACAAUCUCUAGCCCUAGCUCUGUCUCUAACCACACUAACCCUGACUCUAACCACUAAAUAUGACCCUAGCCCUAAACCUUAACACAAACCCUAACCCCUAGUCCUAAUCCCUAGCCCCUAAUCCUGAAGGGUAGCCAUGAAGCUAACCACCUAAAUCUGACAUUCUAACCCCAUAACUGUAACGCUAAUCCCAAAUCCUAAACAUAACUCUAACUCCUCAUCCUAAAUGCUAAAGCUAACCUUAUCUCUAAAUGUAACCUUUAAUGUAACCCCUAACAUAAAACCUAACCACAGAGGCUAACCCUAACAUUAGCCGAAAACCUGAUCAUAACCACUAGUUAUAAACUUGGCCUAACCCUAACUCCCUAAAUCUAACCACAUAACUCUAACUCAGUUAUUCUAAUGCCCUAAACCAAAUUCCCUAACCCUAAUCCUAAACCAAAUGUUUACUCUAACUCUUAAUACUAAACUCUAACCCAAACUACUAACCUUAUCCUAACCCUAACCAUUAUAUCCCUAAUCCUACACCUAAUACUAACCCUAACCCCAACCACCUAACCCUAACCAUAUCUGAUGGCUUUUGCAAGUGCCCAGAAAGGACCCUGCUUCCCUCCAGAGCGUCCUAGAGCUUUUGCUAGGUUUUGCUUUGGCCUUCAAGGGGCCCUGCUACCUUCCAGAGCAACACAGGGAUUUUGCCAGGCUUUGCUGACACCCUGGCAAAUCUCUGCUGUCUUGCAGAUUGCCUAAUAGCUUUUGUUGGGCUUUGCAAACGCCCACAAGUGGCUGCCAAAGGAAGGCAUUACCGGCUUCAGCUCUGGCCACUUCUGUGUGAGGGCCCCAAGUGGUGGGUGUGCAUUUUGGAGCCUUUAGGUGAGGGUUAGGUGCUGGAGCAAGCACAGAGCCCCAGUGUUGAUGGGGCUGUGAAGGGACUGCCAAGGGAAGUGGAGAGCAACCAACAGCUUUCAGUCCCUGCCGCUUCUGUGUGAAAGCCAUGCCUGGUGGGCAUCCACUUUGGAGUAGGACUCUGGCUAGGGCGAGGGUGUGGGUGAACAGGAAUCUUCAUGAACUCAGACUGAAGCCAACAGGAACCUUUCCAAUGAUUUAAAGAGUGCUGGAUGGGAUUCUAGAGAAAAUUGGCACAACUCUGAGUAGAUAGUUCUGACUAGUGGCUGUCUUUACAGCACUUUACAACACUGCAGAUACCUGCAGACUAGCUACUGUUGGAAUUCACCAGGUGAUGUUCCUGCAUGUCAGUCUUGGGAUAACUGCUUUUGCUCACCUUCAGAACAUCCUCCAGCCCUUCUGAAGCCUUUCUGUGAUUCACAUGCCUCUUCUCAUAUAGCUAAUAGUUCAGGUUCGUCUGAGAAUUAAUGUGCUACAGUAGGUGAAAAUCACCAGCUCUGUCUCUCUCUUCUCUGCAUAAUGAACCGUUCUUUGCAUCCUCUUUCCCUUCCCCCAAGCAAAUAAUUCAUUUUUCCACAGUGGUGACAAAUUUGCUUCUUCCAAAUGGAAUUAUUUCCUUUUUAGAUAAUCCUUUGAAUUCUUUCCUGUAUCCUUGUUACUAAUACUGCCUCACAUUGUGCCACUGUCUUGCCAGCCUUCUGUCUUUGCUGUUAGCAAUAUGUAUGCAUAAAUAUAGAUUGCCACUUGUCAGUCACAGAGGAUGUUUCCAAGCAAGAGCUAAACUAGCAUGUGAAAGCUCUUGUUUUCAGCUGUGAAAUCAUCUCCAGAGCAGAAGAUGUGCUUUUUGUCUUCCUUCAGUCCAUGUUAGUUGAAUGUGUAGGUCCACACAGUAAAGAUCUCAGACAAACACUGAGUAAUCUGUUGCCAAGUUAUCUUGGAACCAACCUAUCAAACGUUGUUGUAGGCAGAGCUUACAGAAAAAAAUCUAUAUAACUGAAUGAGUACUGCAGGUAACACCAUGGCUGACACCUCAUUUCAACUCAUUCCCUAAACCACAGUCUAAUCCUACAGUGUCAGUACCUGGUUUCCUUAUUGUCAAACAGAACUCCUGGUGGGUUUUCACCUCCCAGAGUUCCUUGGCAUUAAAUUACAUGUUUCUUCGAAGACCAGCAUUUUUGUGUCAUUACAUGGGAAUCCCAGGUGUCAUUGUGAAAGACAGGAUCCUGGCUUUAAAAGAUGUGAUUAUAAAACAGGAUUUACACUAUCUUGAUGUAAACUCAACCCCAUCUGCAAACAUGGUAAGUCUUCCUAUGUUAGGGAACUCAGUUAAGUAAUUUUUAAGUGGGCUGGCAAGGCUGAAGACUGUCUCAAUUGUAGCUUCUUUUGUAAAACCCUAUUAUACAGAUACACUUCCCUACCUCCAAUUCCAGUCAUCUCUUAUUGCUUCCAGGGGAUCAGGGGAAGGAAGGAGAUAGCUAAAAGUCUUUUCCACGAGAGAUCAAAAAAUACUAAUACUUUCAAUAUGGAAAGCAGAAAUUUAGUACAAACUACCAUCUCAGAGUAGGACAUAGGCAUAUCCUGAAUGUGUCCAGCACUGGCUUCCUCAUGAUGAGAUCAAUCCCUUCAAUACAGGUAUUGCAAUAUUAGGGACAAUCUCUCUGAAUUGCCUUGGUGCUCAGCUCCUAGUAGGCCAACUUUCCAGUAGAAUGGACACAACAGUUGCAAAACAGGCUGCAGGGAAGUGUCUGUCACAGAAAGUCUUUGGAAUAGAGAACCAAGUGUGACAUGGCAGAUGUGAGAUACAUAUGGCUGAACCUGCCUGACGAUGGGGAGAUGGACUUCUGAGGCCCCUUUCAAAGCCAACAUACACUCUGCCAAAGCCAUAAUCAGGAUCAUUUCCAGCAGCUUGGGAUCUCUUGGUUUUGAACGGGAGCUUCAGCUACCCAUAUGCCCAGAGGCCUGCUCCUUCUUUCACUGCUGGUGUGCAAGUUACAGAACUUAAGACUGCUGAACCACCUACAUGCUCGCAAACAGUCCUCCUUUCAAGAGACUCCACUGGCAAAUGCCAGGAUAUACUUGAAGAGUUAUGGAAAUAACUGCAUUCAGCAGAGAGAUCACAAAAACAAGUGCAGGGAUGGCCAGUGGGUUUAUUAUGUCUCAGGAAAAUAAAGCAACACCCUGUAUUUUCUUGCUAGUAAAUUCAGCAUCAUAACCAAAGCCAUGAAUCAUUUAUCUGCAAAUGCCCCUGCUGACCAAGAAUGCCUUUGGACUCCUCACUUGCUGUGUGCUGGCACUGGGACAUACAAUUGUGUCUUGCAAAUCCUGCCCUGUCAUAAAGCUUCCUGGCACCAGUGAGUAUGCCAAUCUGCUACUGGGUAAAAUGCAGCAGACAACAUUUUCUGCUGUGUGGGAAGGAACAACUUAUAAUUCCAAAUGCAUGGCUUGUGUUGUCUGGCAAGGACAAACACACAAUGAGUUACAAUGAAAGUAUAACUAUCGGCUCAGAGACAGAGCCUCCAUUGCUCCUUCCCUGAGUAGACAAUUGUUGCCAGUUGAAGUAGCCUGAAGCAUUGACCUGAAAAGUACUCACUGUAGCUAGUUUAUUACUUGGAGCCCAGUACUUGAAAAAAAGAAGAAAAAAAAAAAGAAAGUAAUCUUUUCACCAAGGAACAGCACAGAAGUUCCAAUUAAUUCUUCUAUAGACAGUUUUCAUUUCUGUCUGUGCACAAGGGAAACAGCAGCAAAAGGCAUCUGCAAGUUACUAUGUGCCAUGAACAACGUAAAACUGACAGGGAAACCCUUGAACAUCAGCAUUUUUCCUCUCCAAUCGUUUCAACUGCAGAAGAGUUUUGGGCAACAGAUGAUCUGUAGCAUCCGUAUUUUCCCACCUCUGCUUUCCACAAUGCAGCACACCUGGGCUUGCACAGCACACAGCAAUGUUAUCCCUGGGCCAACAAGGAAAGAGGGCUGGGUUGCACAGGUUGCCCUGUCCAUCACUGGCAUUGGGUCUGCCCCAUUUUCUUUUAAAUAUGGUUCUUAGGAAAAUGUCAUCUCUCCCUCCUUAACCCUUUCCUGUUUCUUCUCAACAAUUAGCAGUCCAACAGUUGAUCAAUUUGGCCCUCCUUCCUUGGAAAUCAUUUGACCUGUACGGCAAAGUUGUUUUUCAUAAAACAGUUUCAGUCACACAACCAUUCAUAAAACCCCUUGCACUUGUGUUGCUAAUAAAGGUUUAUAUUUGGCAUGAACGGGCAA